CUUGGCGUAGCCCCGAAAGAGCUGUAUCGUAGUCCUGCGCCUCGCUCCCUCCCAGGGCUCGGCCCCUGCCUCCAGGCUCCACCCGCCCCCAGCCCCGCAUCCUGCUGCGCUCCGCGCACCCGCCUGCGGUUGGUUUGUUUGCUCUACGAGCCGCGGCUACUCAGCCUAGCCCGGAGAGGCGGGGGGGACUUCCGGGGCUGAGCCAGGAGGAGGAGAGGGACAAGGAGAAAGGGAAGGAAAGGGAGAGGACCGGGCGGCGGCGGCGCAGGCCAGUGCAAAGCCCAGCCCGGGGAGGGACCGCGGGAGCAGCCGCGCCCGUGCCUGGAGGCUCGCGGCCAGCGCCUUGCAGCGACCUCCCAUUGCAGCCUCUUCCCGGUCUCUUCCUCCUCCUCCUCCUCCUCCUCCCUCUGAACUGCCGGUAACGAUGGCGGGUAUGAGCUCUUUGGAGGCGGUGAGAAGGAAGAUCAGAAGCCUGCAGGAGCAGGCUGACUCCGCGGAGGAGCGAGCGGGGAGCCUGCAGCGGGAACUGGACCAGGAGAGGAAACUGAGGGAAACUGCUGAAGCUGAUGUAGCUUCUUUGAACAGACGUAUCCAGCUGGUUGAGGAAGAGUUGGACAGAGCUCAGGAGCGCUUGGCAACUGCCCUGCAGAAAUUGGAGGAGGCUGAAAAGGCAGCAGAUGAGAGUGAGAGAGGAAUGAAGGUCAUUGAAAGCAGAGCCCAGAAGGAUGAGGAGAAAAUGGAAAUUCAGGAGAUUCAACUUAAAGAGGCCAAGCACAUUGCUGAGGAUGCCGACCGCAAGUAUGAAGAGGUGGCCCGGAAACUGGUCAUCAUUGAGAGUGACCUGGAGCGUGCAGAAGAGCGUGCUGAGCUCUCAGAAGGCAAAUGUGCCGAGCUUGAAGAAGAGUUGAAAACUGUGACGAACAACCUGAAGUCACUGGAGGCUCAGGCUGAGAAGUACUCACAAAAGGAAGACAAAUAUGAAGAGGAAAUCAAGGUCCUUUCUGACAAACUGAAAGAGGCUGAGACUCGGGCUGAAUUUGCUGAGAGGUCAGUAACCAAAUUGGAAAAGAGCAUUGAUGACUUAGAAGAGAAAGUGGCACAUGCCAAGGAAGAAAACCUUAGUAUGCAUCAGAUGCUGGAUCAGACUUUACUGGAGUUAAACAACAUGUGAAAACCUCCUUAGCGGCGACCACAUUCUUACCUUUUAUUUUUUUUAUUUUUUUUUAUAAACACCUGCUUGCCAUGAAACCCCUUUCAUUUGUUUUUGUUUUUGUUUCUUUUUUUUAAUUUUGUUUUACCACUGUCACGGGAACAUCUGCAAAAUACCGGCCAGACAUUAGGGGAACAGCAGAAAAGGGCAAGCCUUAGACAGGUCAGGGUGAUGAUGGUUUAAAUGUGCCAUUUCCCAGUAUAAUGUUGCCUACACUUUGUAGAGAGUAUAGCAACACAGUAUGUGCAGUCCAGGAAUCCUCACAAGUAGAAAGAUUUCCACUUCAAAUGCCAACUCUGUAUUUAACAAGAUUAACGUUGGAAACACAAUCAGGUGUGGACUGGUGCUACUCUGAGCAAAAGGUACUUCUGUGGUCUUUUGUUUGAUUAUACAAUUUAGAAUUCUGCCCAGCACAAUAAUUUAUUUUGUCUGAAUUUUAUUAAGAGAUGAGAAUUUGGACUUUAUAUGCCUGAAUUCAAUUGAAAACAUCAACAAAAGAUUUGUAAGCCACACAGCUAUUUUAAGACUUCAGUACACUUGUACACUUGCAGCUCAUUACAAAUUGUAGGGCAGCAUUUCUAAAGGAAUUUCCACUCUUUUUUUCUUCAGUUUUUCAUGUUAAAAUGAAAGAUUAAUUUAGGCACUACAUUAAAUUGGUAGAGAAAAAUGUUUCUUAUUUGUGUUGGGGGGAUUAAAAAUCGGUAUUUGCCUCACUUUAUUUUACACACUCUUGAGCAGUUUUUAAAAGUUAUAACUAUGUAAACAUUGUAUAAUGAUAUGGAAUAAAAAUGCACAUUUUAGGACAUUUUCUAAA